AAAAGCUGCUCACGAUUCUAUGAAUUUUCAACUCUCUCUUCUCACUUAUUCAAAGUUAAUUAUACUCCAAUACUCCAUAUAUAUUGAACUUGACCCACUCUUUAUUCCCACUCUUUAUUGGUCAAAGAGAAUAAAAAAUGGAAGAAGAAUUCUCCAAAUCAGAAUCCCCAGAAAUCACUCUGAGAUCAAUACAGCUUUCAGACUUGGACGAUUUUAUGGAAUGGGCAGGAGAUGAAAGAGUGACUACUUUCUGCACGUGGGAUACUUACACCUCAAGAGACCAAGCCAUUGACUUCAUAAAGAAUUAUGCAAUUCCACACCCAUGGUUAAGAGUGAUUUGCCUUGAGAAUAGGGCAGUUGGGUCAGUAUCUGUGACCCCCAGGUCAGGGCAUGACAGUUGCAGAGGUGAGCUUGGGUAUGUGUUGGCACACAAGUAUUGGGGCAAAGGGGUUGCAACAAGGGCAGUCAAGAUGGUUGCAUCUACCAUCUUCUCAGAGUGGGCCCACCUGGAGAGGCUUGAGGCUUUUGUAGAUGUGACAAACAAAGGUUCUCAGAGGGUGCUGGAGAAAAGUGGGUUUCUGAGAGAAGGGGUUUUGAGGAAGUACCUGAUCCUGAAGGGAAGAUCUAGAGAUACAGUGGUUUACAGCCUCCUCUCCACUGAUUUCUCUUCUCUAGUAUUGGAGCCCAUGGAGAUUGAUGGAAAAGGAACGCACAAUUGAGAAUCUGCCCAAAAUGUACUUUCUAACUUUGUGCGUCAUACUAAUAGACAUAUAUAUAUGUGUUCCAGUGAAUUCUCAGUGUGUUAAAAACAAAAGAUAUUUGGUGUACACAUUUUUUGUACACAUUUCAUAGAUUUUUUUUGUAUCACAAAUAAUUAGUAUAAAUUUCUGACAAGUUCUACAUUUUUAGACAAAUUACAUAAAAUGUAUGGAGAGUGCACAAAUAAAUGUAAAGAUAAUUCCCUAAAUAGGAGUAAAAAAGUUUUGAAAUUCCAAAAUAAGACUAUCAUGUUUUUUAUUCCUUGAAUAUGAGCAAAUUUUUGCCAACUUUGGCAUUACUAGGCUUUAAACAUGGCAUUUUUUUUUCAAACUUGGCAGAUUACUCUUAUUCAGGGAAUAAAAAAUAUGACACUCCUAUUUUGGAAUUUCAAAACGUUGUUGCUCCUAUUUAGAGCAAUUUCUAAUAAAUGUAUACAAAUGUCAUUUUAUGGUUAUAAA